AUGUCCCCGCGGGGGCUGGCGCUGGUGGUGGCGCUGGUGGUGGCGGGGGCGGCGGCGGAGCUGGCGGAGGAGCUGGCUUUCCAUCGCGCCGCCAAGGCGGCGUGGCGGCUGCCCGGGCGUUACCUGGUGGUGCUGCGGGGGGGCAGCGGGCAGGCCGAGGUGCGGGGGACGGCCAGGGGGUUGCAGGCCCGGGCGGCUCGACGGGGCUACCUCACCGAGCUCCUCCACGUCUUCCACCUCCUGCCCGCCUUCCUGGUGAAGAUGAGCAGCGACGUCCUGGACACGGCCAGCAAGUGUGACAGCCAUGGCACCCACAUGGCCGGGGUGCUGAGCGGGCGCGACGCCGGCGUGGCCACGGGUGCCAACGUCCGCAGCCUCCGCGUCCUCAACUGCCAGGGGAAGGGCACCCUCAGCGGGACCCUCAUCGCGCUGGAGUUUAUCGCGGGGACGCUGGACGCUCAACCCCUCGCCCCACCGGUGGUCCUCCUGCCCUUCGCUGGUGCCUACAGCCGAGUGCUCAACGCGGGCUGCCGGCGGAUGGCACGGCUGGGGGUGGUGUUGGUUGCUGCUGCUGGUAACUACAAGGAUGAUGCCUGCCUCUACUCACCAGCAUCCGAGCCAGAGGUCAUCACGGUGGGUGCCACCAACAGCGAGGACCAACCCGCCUCCAUCGGCACCUUGGGCACCAACUUUGGCCGCUGCGUGGACCUCUUCGCCCCUGGGGAUGACAUCGUUGGGGCCUCCAGCGACUGCAGCACGUGCUUCACGGCGCAGAGCGGGACGUCGCAGGCGGCCGCGCACGUGGCAGGCAUCGCUGCCAUGCUGCUCAGCGCCGAGCCCCAGCUGAGCCUCGCCGAGCUCCGGCAGCGCCUCCUGCACUUCGCCACCAAGAACGUCAUGGACACGGCGUGGUUCCCUGAGGAGCAGCGGCUCCAGACGCCCAACAGUGUGGCCGGGCUGCCCACCCGCCUGGGCACAGCUGUGCCCCCACCCGCCUGGGCACAGGUAAAGACCUCGACUGCCCAGCAGAGCUCUGUCCUCACCGGGGAAAGAAGUGUCUGGGUGGAGGCACAGCACAUCGGAAGGGCAUGUUCCUCCCCAAAGCUCUGCCGGGGAUGGAGGAACACCAUCGAAGGCCAAUGGGGAUGGAGGAAUGCCAUGGCCCAGCUGAGCCUCGCCGAGCUCCGGCAGCGCCUCCUGCACUUCGCCACCAAGAACGUCAUGGACACGGCGUGGUUCCCUGAGGAGCAGCGGCUCCAGACGCCCAACAGUGUGGCCGGGCUGCCCACCCGCCUGGGCACAGAGGAGCAGCUGUACUGCCGCUCGGUGUGGUCGGGGCGCUCGGGGCUCACCCGUCACGCCACGGCCGUGGCUCGCUGCGCCGACGCCGAGGAGAUGCUCAGCUGCUCCAGCUUCUCCCGCAGCGGCCGGCGGCUGGGGGAGCACAUGGAGGACAAGGACGGGCAGAAGCAGUGUGUGGCCCACAACGCUUUCCGGGGCCGGGGUGUCUACGCCAUCGCCCGGUGCUGCACGUGGCCCAGGGCUGAGUGCCGGAUCAACGCCAGCUCCCCGGUGGCUGAGGGGGCUGGCUGCUCCCCACGGGACCACGUGCUGACCGGCUGCAGCUUCCGCUCCCCCGCGGCGGCACUGGGUGACAGUGGCAGACCCGUGGUGGGCCCGGAGAGCUGGCCCAGUCACUGCGCCGGUGGGACGGAGGUGGUGGCACACGCCUUGUGCUGCCCUGCGGCCAGCCUCGAGUGCCGGGUGAAGGAGCACACGUCCACGGGCUCUGCGGAGAAGGUGACGGUGUCCUGUGAUGACGGCUGGACGCUGACGGGCUGUAACGCCCAUUCCCAGAGCCAUGGCACCAUGGGAGCCUACGCCGUGGAUGAUACCUGCGUGGCAUCCAGUGUCCCAGGCAGCAGCACGGCCGUGGCCAUCGCCAUCUGCUGCCGGAUCCGGCAGUAGGGACAGGCUGAGAUGGAGACAUGGCUGCCCUGGCCCUGGCCUGGCGUAGCAGGGAUGGACGCCUCGCUGGACCCCCACAUCACCCCAUCCUUACCUCCCCAGGGCUGAGCUGCCACACCUGGGGUGGUCCGUGGUCCAACAUGUGGCUCUGAUGACCUCCGCGCUUGGGCUGCCCUGAUGGUGGGGUACAGGCUCAUCACCUUCUCGCACGUGGUGGGACCAAGACCCAGGAUGACUCUGGAAGAGGUCUCCAAGCAGCCAGAGCCCUGUCCCAUCUCAGGAGUCACCCCGGUGUCCCUUCCCCACCGGGUCUUUCUAGCAAUACCCCAACUGUACGAGCCCUCUUGAGGCCCUUCCUUCGUGUUGUCACCCAGCACGGGACAAAACCACCACCUUUUAGAAAAAAAAUAAUAAUAUUGUGGUGAGGAAUGCUCCUUUCUUUCCUGGUUAGUUGCUCGUUAGAUGUCAGCUAAUGCUGCUUAGCACCUGGAAAAUCAUAGUUUAGCUAUUUUUGGACAGUAAUUGCCUACUCAUGUACCUAAGAGACUUCUUUACUUUUUAGUCAAGUGUAAGGGCUAUAGAUUAAACAGUCUUCUUGGUUAAUUAGUUUUUAAUCUGCAUUGCUACAGUCAGAUACUGCUUUGUUAGUGGUUUUUUUUUGCUGUUGUUAAGUUAAAGUUAAUGAUGUGCUGGUGGUACGCGUUGCUUUAACAGUUUCCCUUUCAGCUCGUCCCAAGACACAUAGAACUGGCCGUAAUUCCUUUUCAAAAAAGAGAAAAAAAAAAGAAAGAAGAAAAAGCUUUCAUAGUACCUUGGUUUUUACAUUUGUACCUUAAAAUAUUUAUUUGGAAUUU